AUGAUUUUAUGGGACUGUUUGAAAGUCGAAAAGGCAUCAAAAAUUUUGAUGGUACUUUUCACGGUACGUCAAGGUUCGUUGCUUACAAGUUGCAAUGUCCAGCUAGAAAGAAUCUUAUACAACCACACAAAGGGUCCAAAUACGGAUGAAACUAUAUAUGUGGAGCUGAAGUCUGAAGAUAUAUUUCAGAUUGUAUCCUUUAUCGAAACAGCCGAUGCAAGGUAA